AUGCCUACUGCUCAGAACAUAUUAGUAGCAAAGUCAUCGCCAACGUUAACAGAUGUACCGGCCAAUAAGCACUUAUUGAUCACAACGCGAGGCCAUGUGUACUCCUGGGACUCGACAGGUCUGCAUACAAUAUGCACCAGUGGCCAGUCCGGGAUCGUCGCAGCCAAGACGGCGGGCAACGGUUUACUCGCUGUCGCCGACAGCCAAGUCAUUGUGUUACAUGACACCAAGCAUGGCCAGGACCGAAGCUGGGGCUUGAAGUCUGCAGGCGAUGAAGUCCGCUUGCUCGAAAGGACUGACAACGGCCUCUUUUUCACAACCAGACUUACAAAUGACAUCCUACGCUACUCGACUCGGCAGCUCAGGCUACGGAGUCCAGUUCAAGCACACAACAGUGCCCCGAAUGUGCUUGCCGGGUCGUCUGCGUAUCUGGUCUCCGCUUCCGAUAACCCGCCCGUUGUAUAUUUGAAGAACCUAAUCCAUAACACCAAGCCGAUACUGCUCGAGCCGCGGGCAUCUUCUACCGCUGUCUGUGCUGCAGCUUUCCAUCCUCGACGAGCGUACAUCUUCUUGCUUGCCUUCAGAGAUGGCACAAUCGCUGCAUACAGCGCCAAUGAAGUCAGCCGUAGCGGUUGCGACGGAGAAGUCGGACAUGUAACCGGCUCGCGCCUCGAUCAAAUCGCCGGCUGUGCCUUUCUGCCAACCCACAAGUUCCGAGCCGUGAGUGCUGGCGCAGACGGACGCUGCAAGAUCGUCGAUCUCGAAGCGGGCACGGUGCUGCGAACGUGGCACGCAAAGGCGCCCUUGACCUCCGUGUCGGUUAUCGAAGAUGUCAUCGCUGUAGGUAGGGCAGAUGGUAAGGUGCAUCUGUACGACGGAGCCGGUCUGCUUCUAGCACAGAAAAGCGUGUCAGAUCGCGUCAUCAGUGUCGAGUGGGUUGACGGUCCGUCGCCCCCGCCCAUUCCAGACCGUGCGGUGCAGCAGCUGAGCGAUGCGCCGUCGAUACCGUCGAACAUGGAUGGGAAAGCUCAACCAAGGAGGAACUGGGCUAGGAUGGCGGAUUCGGAGGGUCUCGGGUUGCCGGUUGGACUGCGCCGACCGCAAACGGAAGGGAGGAAGGCUAGGCCUGAUCGCAGGUUCACCAUUCACCCGGAUGAGAUACCAGAUGACGGCACGGUGAGAUACAAGCCUGCCUCGAGUCCGCCGCCUGCUGCGUUGCCGAACGGUGAUUUGCUCGAUUUGUUCUCGCCGGUGAAGCCAUCGACCCAAGCAGCUGCAACUACAGCUAUAAUCAAUGGCCUGUCAACGCCACUGCGACCUCGACCACGCAUUUCCAGCAAGACGUUCAUUGAGAGUGCUCCAAUGGGUACCGCGGACAGCCAUGCAACUAGUACCGCGUCAGAAGCAACGCGUCUUGCUCGUGGUAGUACGAUCCAAGUCUCCAGUAUGCGCAGAAGCAGCACCAAGCUGUCGCCGCUUAAGAAGCGAAAACCCAGCUUCAAGCCUGCGCGAGGCCUACGAACCGAUCAGAGCAAUACGAGCGCUCUCAAAAUCGGCUCACUAGCGCCUGACGACAACGCUAAGAUCCUUGCAGACUUGAGGAAGAUGAGCGGCGCUCUGGGACCGAAGCAGAGCGGAAUGCUCCGCGGCUACGCCACAAAAAAACUCACCGCAACCGACCAGUCGCAUGCGGUUACCAAUGUACCACAGUCAGACAACGCUGAGCAUCACUUGCCGCACAAGCAUAUCCGAAGCGGGACUGGCAAGCAGAAGUACUGGCAUCCAGGAAAUGUUCUCGAACGGGAGGCUACAUGGCCCACGGAUUCCGUGCAAGACGAGUCGCUCAACGAUGACGAAGAUGGAGACGAUAUCUGGCUGACGGACGAGGCGGAGACGCAAGCGAAGUACCCUCGAAGCCACGCACAACGACCUCCCGCACGCCAGGUUUCGCGGUCACGGGUCACUUCAAGAGGUACCUUCAGCACCACCAGACGACGUAAGCCAGACCUACGCCCAAGUCUGCCUAACAUCGUGCCGCCACUAAGGGUCUUUGACGGGUCGACGGAGAGUGAUGCGUUCAAGACCGCACGAUCACAGCUCUCACCCCUUGGCGUCUUCACGCCGGCGUCGGAAGAUGUUCGCGAGUUGUUUCCACGGUCGUCGUCGCUAUCAUCGAAGCACAAGCAUGAGCCCAAGCGUCAUUCUCCGCAAGGGCAGAGGACUGGUUUGGCGGAGAUGGCGGCGAAUGCUGCAGCAGCGAGGCAGCCGAAUAGUCCGUGGGCGAGGAUUAGAGCCAGCAAGAAUGGUCGUAGCGGCGCGCAUGCCGGCGUCGAGGGUCAGAGAGUGGAAGGUUUGAUACGGAGUCCGCCCGUGCGGUGCUUCGACUGCACCAAAGUUGAUGCGAGAGUGGCGAGUCUGGAGCAGGACGUGGCGGUGCUCAAGGGUGAGGUACUCGCGCUGAAGGCUCUGCUAAGACGGCAUGGCAUUGUCGAGCAUCCAACUUCUGGACAGAGGGGAACGAGUCGGCUGCGGCAAGGUCGUUGA